CCAGUGCCUGCAGGUGGGGAACGCCUACGUCAUCGUCUACUCCAUCACUGACCGGAGCACCUUUGAGAGCGCGUCGGAGCUGCGCAUCCAGCUGCGCCGCGUGCGGCAGGCUGAGGACAUCCCCAUCAUCCUGGUGGGGAACAAAACCGACCUGGUGCGGUGCCGCGAAGUCUCCGUCGAAGAGGGCCGUGCCUGCGCCGUGGUGUUCGACUGCAAGUUCAUUGAGACGUCGGCAGCUCUGCAGCACAACGUGGCCGAGCUCUUCGAGGGGGUCGUGCGGCAGAUCCGCCUGCGCCGCAGAGGCAAGGAGUCCCGCGCGCGCCCUGCAGCUGGCCAGAAGCGCAAGGAGAGCCUCACCAAGAGAGCCCGGCGCUUCCUCGACAGGCUGGUGGCCAGGAACA